UGUUACGUGGUCAUUGUUUGCUUUGGAUAUAGUUCUAUUGCAGGCUACUUAUACGUCCGCAGCAAAACUUUGCAUUGUCAGUUCUUUAGCUUGGUGAUAAAUGCCAACAGACAAGAAAAUCAUUCCUAACACCUUGGGCCUAAUCACCAUGCCUGCUGUUUGUUUCAUAUUGGCUUUGACAUUAAUUGGUGAGGUUCAGAGAGUGAUCGUGGACACCCAGCAUGGACCAGUUUUAGGCACCAUUGAAACCAGCUUUGAAGGCCACGAUUUUUUCGGAAUUCACAGCAUCCCUUAUGCCCAACCACCCAUAGGAGAUCUUCGAUGCCGGGAUCCUUUGCCCUUUGGUGAUUGGGAGGGAGUGCUCAACGGCACAGAAGAUGGACCAGAAUGCAUUCAGAUCCCGGCACUCAUUGAAACUGGAACGAUUGGCCAAGAGGAUUGCUUAUGGUUGAGCGUAUAUACGCCAAGUUUAGUUCCAGAUUCAAACCUACCCGUGGUGGUCUGGAUCCAUGGAGGACGAUGGUUGGUGGGAUCUGGACGUCAAAGCAGUUAUGGACCCCAUCAGCUCAUUGACCGGAGCGUGGUAGUGGUCCAGAUCCAAUAUCGGUUGGGAGCCCUUGGAUGGUUGAGCACCGAGGACUCGGUUGCCCCAGGAAACUAUGCUUUCAAAGACCAAGUACCAGCCUUGAAGUGGGUCAAGGCCAAUAUCCAUGCCUUUGGGGGGAACCCAGAACAAAUCACUCUUUUGGGACAGAGUGCAGGGGCCGCCAGUGCCCAUGCUCAUAUUAUCUCUCCUAUGAGCAAGGGGUUGUUCCAACGUGUCAUCUCCAUGAGUGGAACAGUCAAAAACCGAUCAUGAUCUAAUUGCCAAGAGGCAAGUCGAGUUUUUGGGUUGCCCCACUGACACCUCGGAGGCCCUGAUUGAGUGCCUCCGUACUGUGGAUGCUGUCACAUUGACUACUUCCGCCACAGGGUUCUCCCAAUUCUUUCCUGACUCGGCAGCCAAAUUACCAAUGGGUGCGUUUGAUCCUCGAGUCGAUGCAGAGGCCGAGGAACCAUUUUGAACCAUGGAUCCUAUCGAGGCAUUAACUUUGGGUAAAUUUAUGACUGGUUUGGCUUCCAUGGAGUCGAGUUGGUACACUGUUGAGCUCUUUGGAGAGAUGUGGGCAGACAGAUUGGCUUAUGCCAAUGAAAAUCAGCAGGAAGUCUUGGCUUUGUUGUUUGCUCAUUCAAACAUUGCACCAGAGGUAAGAGGUCCUUAGGCCCCAUUUUGGGCCAAAUAUUAUGCUUAUCAUUGAACAUUGAAGGACCAAGACAAGGCCUUCGAAUUCUACUUCAACUAGGAGAUGUGGAAUCGAACCGAACAUCGCGUCACAGCUGCCGAAUUUAUGACUGACUCGCUCUUCAAUCUUGACGUGAUUCAAGGCGUCUAUCUGCAAUCUCGGCGGUCCUUCUCCAAUUUAUUUUUCUAUAAAUUUAACUACAUUGCCAGUUGGGGCUACGUUAAUAUGUACAACGAGACCCCGGCCGAUCACGGAGGAGUGGCUCACUUGGACGACUUACGUUAUUUCAUGAGGUAGACAUCCGAAGCUGACAACAACUUUAAGCCCUAGAGCUCCUCCUGAACAAAGGUUAAUUGUGUUGUUCGCUUUUAGCAGGCCUUGGGCUGGCCCUCAUAACGAAUAGGAUAAGGCCAUGGUCAAGUUGUACACAACCUAGUUUGCCAACUUCAUUCGAACUGGAGAUCUGAGAAAUGGAAAUUUGCAAGAGGACUAUUUACCCGAAUACUGAGUCAGUCAUGGCUAUCAAUAGACUGUUGAAUUUUGAAUCGGGUUUGAGUAUCUUGCUCAAAUUUGUCUUUUCAGCAAAACUUUUCAAAGUUUGGCUAAUAAGUACUUUCUACGCAUUUUCACAAUUUCUUAAGGACUUCACGGUUCUAGGACCCAGGGACCAAAGAGUCUCCAAGCAAUUCCCAGAAAGUAAGACGGGAAUCGCCGAUCUCUUACUUGGCCCUCCUAAUGAUUUUGUUUCCAUUUUACAUUAUUAUCAAUACUUUUUCACCGUCAGCAAAUUCCAAGCCACUAAUUCCAUUUAAAGCAUUUGUGUCAUGUUAAAAACUUCAAGCGUUGGAUGUAAUAGCACUGGCGUGGAAGCUGGAGAUCCUAAUAUGCUUUACUACCUACUUGUGAAUGAAACGGCAAUCUAAGUGGCCAAAAUGACAGCUAUGAUGGCAGAAUCAUUAAUGGCUUUGAAGAAAAAAGAUCAUAGCUUUUGGCUCAGCAUGAAGCCGUAUUCUUUGGCAAGAUAAUUCACUCCUGGACAUCCGUAAUGUCGGUUUGAGAAUCCCGUAUGCAAAUGUGCAAUUUUUAACCAUUACCGUCAGGAGGAGAAGUACCGAAGUGGUUAGCGAAGUUUUCUAGCAUAAGAUAGGCCACAAGGUUUGAUUUUUCGCCUCGACCUUUCUCAAGUAAACUAUUACACGUUAACCACACCCGGAGAACCAAACGGGUGCAGACCAUGACACUGCUCAUAGGACAUAAAAGCGAAUAUUGUGAUGGCGAGGUUCGCCCCUCCAUGUACACUAUGUAUCAGUCUCUGUUCAAUUUGAAAGCCAUCGGGAUUCACCGUUUGAGCUGCGUAGCAUGGAGCACAAUGAAGUACUAUUGAUUGUAGCUAGAAGGCAAAGCUUGGAACACAGGUCAAGUGCGACAAGAUGUUAGGUAGGGUAUACCAGUUGCAAGUACAAUUGAACCAACCUAAUUGAUCCCAAGAGAAAAAUAUAACCAAAAAGCAACACCAUCACUAGCACUGGUCAGGUUAUUGCCUAACUCAAUUGCCAGACCGGCCUUUUCUCCUGGUUUCAUCAACAUUUAUAACAUAAAUUUCCAUUCUCAAUCAUUUGACUCCUCUUUUGGAAUGGAUGUAUAUACAUAUGUAUGUAUGUAAGAGAUGUUAUCAUUCUAAAUUACGUAGUAGCUGAUUUGGUUUGGGUUCUCAAAGACCAAAGUCUUGACUGGAGAUGAAAAGUGCUUGGUCAUGAAUAAAUGCAUACUAGUCAAAAUAAAAAAAAAGUGUAAAAUACCUGGCCUCAUGGACACCAACAGCAGAGGGGUACAGUGGAAGCGUGCUGGGCUCAUAACCCAGAGGUCAGUAGAUGAAAAACUACGCUCUGUUAGCCACACCCGCCGUUUGAUGAGACGGAUUGCGAGUUGAGUAAGAUUGAAAGGGUCCUGCGCAGCUUCAUGUACAAGUUGUACAGAUGGAAGAUGUGCACCACCUGAGUGAUUUGGAAGGACUACCAUAUGAGUUAAAUGGUCAGUCACCUGAGCAUCAAUGAACUGAGCUUUUGUCUUCAACAACAGUCAUCCGCCUGGCUUGAGUUUUGCACCCACACAUCGACAGUUGGUCAACUUACCGUCAUUCCUGUUUGCCAUUCAUUCACUCAAUUAGUUUUUUUUUUCACUGCGCUUUGGUAAGAAGGAAUUACUUUAAAACCUGAUAAGUUUAUUGCUCAUUUAUGUGUAUGUUUAGGUUUAGCAGUUUCUCUCUGAUUUAGUAGUGAAGAAGUAGUGUAGUAUGUCUAGUUCCAAAUCGUUAUGUGUAGUUCUUUAGUUUGAUUGUAUUGGCCCUUGACAGUUAGAAGUUAUUGUUCAUUAGUGCGAUGAGUUCAAUUUUGUGUUAGAUCAGUUUGCCGAGUUUAUUUCUGUGUUUUUGUGUUGUUUUCCUAGUUUACAUUUGUUCUUGAUUCCUUGUUUUUCUCUGUCCCUUACUUCUUGUUUACUAUCUCCAUCUUAUAUUUGUAUGUUAAGUUUGAUGUGAAGUAGUUAAUCCCACUUUUGCUCUGUUGUCCUGUAUCUCAGGACAAGAUUGCACAGCCUUUUAUUUUUCUUAUUUUUCUAGGUCUCUUGAUUUUGUUGCUCAUAGAUAGUUCCUCCUGCAUUCAUGAUGGAAGCUGUUUUUGGAAAGUCAGCAAAGAGGCUAGACAAUGUUUGGACUUGGUCUUAGCAGGAAAGGAUCCUUCCGUAGUCAAUAAACCCUUUAUUAUAGAGGCUUUAGCUGUUUAGGUCAAUGAAACCAGGGUGAUGCUUGAAGAGCAGGCUGACCCAAUAACUAAGAAGUCGACCGAUUUGACCAGUGUCAAGGUUGAAAAGGUGUCUCCACUUAUAGUAGAGCAGGAUAUAAUAGUUUUAAAUAAAACAGUCUGUCCUGUUUACCAGAAGCAGCCUUGUCCUGAAGAAGGAAAAGACUGUCAGUUUGGCUACCCUCAAUGGUGUCAAAAGCUUCUCAAGUUCGGACUUGAGAAGUGCAAUGGGAAGAAGGGAUGUUCAAAGGUAGAUCGUCCUUUUUUUCAUCCGUACAUGUGUCGUCAGUCCAUGACACUUAAGACGUGCUUUUAUGUACGGUGUACCUCCGUCCACGUAGAAGGGACACAAAGAAAGGCGAGAAAUAGGAUAGCUCAGUUUCAUAGCUUUAGAGCUGACCCUAUUCCUAAACCUAAUCCCACCCCACCCCCCUUCCUUACCCCGUUUAGCUUCCUCCCUCCCUCUCCUUCCAUCUCCCAUUCUCUCUCCCAAUUCCCUCCUCCUCCCUCAAAUACCCAAUCUAUGACCAUUCGUAUAAACACUCUCCUCCCUAAAAUUCCUUGCCCCACCCCUAUUCCCAAAAUUCGUUCCUAUUCUAAUGUUUGCAUAAUAUAGAGAGGUUUAAAAUCAGUUUCAGGGUCUCGUCUUUGCAACAACAAACUUAAAACGUGUUGUCAUUUUCAUGGUGACAAAUCAUUAGGUUAUGGAUUCUUGGAG